AUGAAAUCGAGAAUGCUUUCACCGUCUCUAGUUCUCGCUCCGCUAUUACCCCUAUUGGUUAGCGCUAGUGCAGUACCUGAUCAAUCACCACUGUUACUUCAAACAUCCAAUGGUCCUAGUAUAGAACAUGCCCGCGCAAAUGCACCUGAGAUUUUUAACACAAUUCAUUCGUCUAUGCGACAAUGGGGAUCUUCUCUAAAACAUAAUGGGAUGUCCUUUUUCCCUGCAACAGUACCAAAAGGGACUCUCUUUUACCAUGGAACCCACACACCCGAGCCGGUCGAGGGGAUGGAAUGGCUAGCUUUCGAAAUCGAGCAUGCAGAAGUAUUUGCACGUCCAAGAAGAGGUCGUGGUCCCGGAGGUCCUGGAAAUCAUGAUCCAGGUAAAGGGAAAGGUCCUGGGGGACCGGGAAGAGGUCCUCCUCCGCAUGCACGAAUGGACAGUCAUCCCAGGCCCAAACCCAAGCAUGAUGAUAAUGUUCAUGAUUCUGAUGACAAAGAAGAAGAUAGCCAUGGUUAUCUCCACACCUACCGUACCUCCAAACCCCUCACUAAACUCAUCUACAUCGACGGAAUGUCCGCCGGGAAAACCAGCAUGGGAACCCUUGAUUCUACAGACUACAUCAUUCGCAACCUUUCUCCCACUUCAACAGAGCCAAACAACGAUUGGAUCCGUGCAGCUGAUCUUUGUAAGAUUGGUGAAGAGUAUGGUAUCGAAGGAAUUCUUCGCAUGGAAGCGGGCUUUGAAAUUAUCCUCUGUAGUUUCAAAGAUGGGCUUGAGUUUUUAGGUGCCUCUCAGAGAGACGACAAAUCUGGAGGGUUUGAGAAGGGGGAAGAUGAUGUGGGACAUUUUGAAUAUGUGAGGGCUCUGGUUUAUAGGUAUCAGGGUAUCAUGGGGGGAAGAGUAGAAGUCGAUUAUUCUUCUAUGAUUUCUGCCUUCUUUUAUCCUCUCAAUAUUACUAAUCCCAAUCCUUCUCGUUCCGAACUUCCUAGAUUGGUCGAACCUUCCGAAUUAGGUGAUUUGAAGAGAAUCCGCUCUGAUAUCUUGGAAUUGUUUAAAUCUGGAGAAUACGAGAAGAGAGAAACGAUCAACUGGCAAAAUGUCGUGGAUAUGAUUGUUACGAGGUAUUCAGAUCGUCUCAAGUUUAUGGUUCAAAAUGAGACGUCAGAAGCGGCGUUAUUAUCGGAAAUCAAAUUGCUGUUGGACGCGCAUACGGAUUACAAAAAGAUUGAUAUUCCUUCCUCGAUUGAGAAAUGCGCAAAUCACUAUCUAAGACCGGUAACACCGAAAACGGAGGCAGAUCAUUUGAUUCAUGCUGCUAUUCUUAAGGUGUCUCGUGAUAUUUGCAGUACUUUGUUUGAAGUCAGAGAAUUAAUAAGCAGUGAUGAAAAGGGUACAAAAGAGGAGGAAGGAAAACAAUUGAUCAGAAAAUUGAUCAAUGAAUUAGAUUGGACUACUUGGCUGGAAUGUGGAAAGUGCGGUUAUGAUGAGGUAUGUUUCGUGGCAAUCUGGCCCUGGGGAGGUUUAGAAGAUCACGUCUCUCCAAGCUGUAUCAAGAGGGGUGAUAUGGGUGAUCGAAGGGGAUACUGGGAUUGGGGACAUUAG